AUGGAAACAGGGCUUCGCACUGAGAAUGCUGUUGAUACGGGCGACAUCUAUCGGCCAAUGCUUCCAUUUGACAGCCCCCAAGACAGGGCUGCUCUCGAGUACUACGCCGGGCCCGCUGUUGUCGUUAAUCAGCGAACUGCCUGCUUCGCACCGACCUUGGACAAUGUCGAACUCAUUUACGAGUUAAAUAAUGGUUCUGCGGCCGGUGGCUUGUAUCUCAAUGCCACUAUUGCCGUCGAGAAUCAGACUGACUUCAUUGGGACUGAUCCGAGCAAGCUUGGACAAAUAACCUCAAAUACUAUGUCCAUAAAAAAUGGCACCGAGAACCCCCUCUCUGGCUGGGCUUAUGGCUUCAAUUCGGUUCUGCUCGUCAACUCAGGCUCAGCUUUGGAUGGGAUUGCCCCUGUCUCGAACGAAAAGACUCAAGAUUCAAGCCUGCUGAAAAUACCGGAAGCUGGGACCGAUGCAUUCAAUGCGACCAUCUGCUAUAUCAGCCAGAACCUACCUCACAAGUAUAAUGUCACUAUGAUAGGGAGAGCUUUUCCCUCUGAACCAGAGUUCCUGGCUGAGUGGUCAACCAUGAUGGCCGCAGAAAGUGGCACAGGUAUUCUGCAACAGCUGGGUAUCGGCAUCUCUCCUGACAGUACGAGAGGACGCGGAAUCCUAGACCUCCAAGUUUACUCUGGUCCGGACCUCUGGGAAGACCUGGAUGACGGAAUAGCAUGCCGCCGUGUUCCAAAACAUCCUUCGUCUGAUUGGCGAUCUAGCCUGCUAAACUUUAAUCCUACUCGCGAAGUCAAAACGAUUUAUGCUCAAGAGGUGCUUAUCCCGCAGCACUGGAGAGGUUUUGUCGUGGUUAUGGCCAUCAUAGUUGCGCACUUUGUCGUGACUGCUCUAACUAUGGUACUCUUUGCGCAGUGCACCAAGUCUUCUCUGUUCGGCAAUGCCUGGCAGGCUGUCUCGCAGGUAGUUUCUGCAGAUACGCAGGAUAUCAUCUGA